UUUAGAGGGAGGUAAAGGAAGAAGUGAGGAAUUUCGGUCUGGUGCUCGUUAAGAUGAGGUCAUACGCACUUCUCUUGGCCCUGCUGCAGUCUCUGGGAUGCUCAGGAAUCCCACUGUACAACUCGGAGCUGGAGGCUCUGGCAGACAGGGGUCUCGGAGCAGCUCUGGCUGAGGUCAACUCUGUGUAUGCGGCCAACCAUCUUUACCGGGUCACCCGAGGCUCUGUCACAAGGAUUAUUCCCAUGGGCCUGAACACCACUGACCUGCUGAUGGUGUUUGGCAUCAAAGAGACAGAGUGCGUGAAGGCUUCCAGAAACAACCCCCAGACAUGCGCCUUCAGACCUGGCUUCUUCGUGCCGUCCUUGUCCUGCUCCAGUCGGGUUCGAAUGUCGGCCACCUCGACCCAGGUGGUGUCUCUCAGAUGCGGCGACUCGAGCUCCAGCUCCUCGUCUAGUGAGGAGAUGAUCUCAAGAGGGAGACACCAGUUCAACAUGCCAUUUGUAAAUAGAGGUAAACUCGUUCCAACUAGUGAUGCAGUCCCGGCUCCUCCUGCACCUCCUCAGCCUGGUCGCUUCCUCCAAGGCCAGAGAGCAGAACCUUGGCCCAGAGGCGACACUUUCACCAACUACCUGGUGUGAAAGUUCAGCUCACUCUGGAAACAUGUAGAUGCUGAUGAGAAGACAAGCUUGAAUAAAUAAACAGAAUUUGCUUUGUUACCAUUUUCGUU